GAUCAGGGGUGGACCCCGCUGAUGUCAGUAGUGAGCGCUGGGAGAGAGGAAGCAGUGGAUCUAUUGCUUGGCACCGAAAUAGAUGUCAAUGCGAAGAACAGCUCGGGGCAGACAGCCCUGCACUACGCGGCAAGCAAGGCUCGGAAGCCCAGUGUGAUCAGGGCGCUACUGGCAAAGGGAGCGAAUGUCAAUACAAAGGACUCCACCGGCUCAACUCCCUUGCACAGGGCAUGCAGUGCAGGCAGGUUUGAGGCGGUCAGGAUUCUGGUAGAGGAAGGCAAGGCGAAGCUGGAAGCUCGGGACAACACGGGAGGUACGCCGCUCUAUGUUGCGGCGGAGACAUGUCAGCAAGCGAUCGCACUUUAUCUGCUUUCCAAGGGCGCUGACGUGGAGGUGGGUUACAUGUUUUGCCUUCCUGCCAGGGAUGACUUCAAAGCAAUUCUGUCCGGUGCUUCA